AUGGCUAGCGAGCAGUGGUUUGUGGAGCCGCUUCCGUCCGGCCCUGGGAAAACGCCACCCCUGGACGACUUGGAACCUGGGGCACAGCCCUGCGGAGACCACUCUUGGUCGACGCCGCCUGGCCGACUUGGGGAUCUACCGGAGACGGAGCCUGGGGACUCCCAGGGACUACUGCUGGCGCCGCCCACCUCCACGCCUUCCCCUGGGCCUCUAGCCCUGGGCUCUGGGCCCGCCCCUCCUCGCCUACCCUUGGACACCAUGUUCAGCCCCAUCACCGAACAGCUCCGCUACCUGCUCAAGAAGGCCGAUGAUUUCCAGAGCUACUUAAUCUACAGCAGGGACAGAGUGCAGAAGGAACAGCUGGCAAAGGCCAUGCCCACGUUCUUACAGAUGUGUGAGCCCUACUUCUUAUACCUGGAGGCAGCUGCUCGGAGUGUGCCCCCCAUCUAUGGAGCCCUGCAGGAACUUGUCCGAAAGGGGCUGUUGGAGAUCUCCCAACAGCUGACUCUGCGCCUGGAACAGCUGGUCCUCAUGUAUGCCUCCUUUGGGUUUGUGGGCUUGGAAGAGACUGACCCCCUGAGCAUUUCCUGCUUCUUCUGCGGGAGGUUCUCCAUCAGUCCUUCCCAUGAGGUGUCCAUCUUCAGAUACUGUGCCCCUGCAGCCUACACUGCCAGCCGCUUCCCCCGCUACCUUUAUAAGAAGAUGCGCUGGAACCUGGAAACUACCCCAGAGCCCAACGGUCGAGGGCAAGAUUCCCAUGUGGAUUACUACUUCCUGUGUUAUAGAGAUACAUGGGAGGACACAGGCAAGAGUCCAGCUAAUUCAUGCCCUCAGAUUCAGAAGCUGUGGUCCAUUGGCAGAUGGGUACCCCUCGGACCCAGUGAGGAUGACCUUUAUUCAUGGAUUUUGUGCCCGCAGCCGCCUGGGGACUAUCAGCAACUCCUGACCAUCGGCUUCGAGGAGCCGUCGCACAUGCUGGCCACCGACCUACUGGUGCAGAUCCUCACGGGCCAGACAGGCCCGGCCCGGCCGCCUAGCGCAGCAGGGUCAGCGGCGUGGGCCGCGCAGGGGUCUUGAACCUGUAAAGAGAAGGGUGGGAGCCAGGGCUUGACAGUUCCAAACUCCAGCCCGGGAUAGCCUGGGAGGGGCUCACUCAUUUUCCUACUACUGUUCGGUCUCGCGUUCCAAGGGGUCAGGCCAAGCUCACCUGUUUGCACCUACUUCGGGCCGGCCACAGGGCCCUGCGCGUGGACGCCAACAGUUUUAUGUUAAAUAAAAGAGAGAGG